AUGGUAGAUCUGGGAGCAUCAGCGGGCCGGAUCUGCACAGUUCGGCGGUAUGGCGGUGGUGCUCGGCCCGUCGCCUUCAUGCUCGUGGACAUUUUGUGCUUUUACUGUAAGUUCUCCGGGAGAACAUGGAAGGUGGAGGCGGCGUGGUGUGAGAUCUCAACUCCGGGAAGGCAGCUGCCCGACGGCAGCGACGCUGGAGAUGGAGGAUGCAUUGGUGUUGAGAAGUCGGAUAAACUGGCUAUGGCUAUGUCGAGCAGGGCGCCUCUGUUGUGUUUGUCCCGGCGGGACUGUGGUUUCGGAGGCGGCGACCGGGAAUGGCGGCAACGACCGACCUUGUCGGAGGCUGAGAGGGUGGUCUUGGUGAAGACGACCUCGUCCCGCCUGCCAACCUCUGUCGACCUCCGUCACUAUGGGUCCAGUCCUCUCGCCGGAACUCGGAGUGAAGGACAUGAGCGGUCCAGCGGCACGCGCCACCCCGUGUACCGGGGCGUACGCAAGCGCCGGUGGGGCAAGUGGGUGUCAGAGAUCAGGGAACCCAAGAAGAAGACCCGGAUAUGGCUCGGGUCGUUCCCGGCGCCGGAGAUGGCGGCCAGGGCCUACGACGUCGCCGCCUACUGCCUGAAGGGUCCCAAGGCCCAGCUCAACUUUCCCGACGAUGUCGACCAUCUCCCCCGCCCGCCCACGACCGCCGCCAGGGACAUCCAGGCCGCCGCCGCCCUGGCAGCCAAGAUGGCGGCGGAGAAGGGCGGCGCCACCGAUGAGGGAGGCGACGGAGGGGACGACUUCUGGGCGGAGAUAGAGCUUCCGGAGCUUCUGAUGGACGGAAACGGCUGCUUGCCGGAGGUAUGGUGGGCGUCGCCGGCCAGUGACCCCACGUCGAUGGAUAUCACUGGCGGCGACCAAUUAUUUUGA